GUACGUGACCGACCUGAAGGCAGCACCAGCCCUCAUAACACUCCUCCUCAGCACCGGGAGCAGAGGGCCAACCCGCAGAGCUCUUCCGGAGGCGGAUUAUCCCCUCAUCUCUACACGCAGUUCGAGAAGGGAUUUGCAAUAAGUCACCUACAGGAAGACACCUUCUGGCAGCUCCUGCCAGUCACGCCUCAAAGAGAAGCCCGGAGGUGCGCACAAAUGGACAUCCGCGUCUUACCUUGCGCGUCUUGGAUGUAAAUGGACACAUCUGAUGAGUGAAUGCUGUGGCAGAUGGUGCUUGCGGGGAAACUAUUCACAUCUGUACUAAGUGUUUAUUAUUUCGGCAGCAUGUCGGUGACGCACAGUCUGGCUUUAAGUUUAAUUGCGGCGGCUCUCUGGCGGAUCGGUGGCGAGCCGCUGACCCCUUCAUCCGCGACGCAGUUAAAUUCAACAUCCACGUCCCUCGUCGUCCUCGGCCACGAAGGACCGACGAGUGAAAACGACACGCACAGUGCCGUGGGAUCCCGGAUCUCACCUCUGAUGACUUACCUGCCAACUCUGAAGAACGUCGUUAUUUUCAUCUGCGUGACGACCGCUCUCCUCAUCACAUGCCUGGUCGUCAAAGUGAUCAGGUCUGGCAGAAAAAUCAGGAAAACGCGAAAAUAUGACAUAAUCACUACACCGGCGGAGCGGGUGGAAAUGGCCCCUCUGAACGAGGAGAACGAUGACGAGGACGACUCGACCCUCUUCGAUGUCAAAUACAGGUGAAUCCCAUCGGGGGGCUGCCGCUUCUGUUUUUUGUAACUCCGUCUUUUCCGCCUCAACUCAACCCUAGUGAGGUCGCCAUCCAAGUGUCGUCACGCCAGCGACUUCUGCUGCCUGUGUUUUACCUCCUGCGUUGAAAUUAACAGAUGUCGCCGUCUGCCGUUAGGCAAGGAUGUCUGUUGUACUUUCUAGAUAACUUGCUCAGUGUUUCUAAAAUAAGAUGCUUGUCCGUCAAACUUUAAAUGGUCCGGAGUUGUCUUUUUUUUUUUUUUUUUUUUUAAAAAGCACCAUUCUUUAUGUUGCCUUUAAUUUUUUUGAUGUACUUUCUACACCUGGACUGCAGUAUGCUGGACUAAGUUAGAGGCAGAAGGAACCGACGUUUAUCAGCAGGGCCUAACUGGAGGGAAAGUUCAUUGAUUGCCAGUGAAGGUUUUAAGACGAUCAGCAGCACAAGAUAUUGUGCAAAAUAGUUUAUUUGUCUAUAAACCUCACAAGAAUCCUGUGAGCUCCAGUCUCAUCGUUCAUUUAUGCCCUCCGACCACUUCCUUGUGCUGUUAAAUGUACUGUCAAAGGCUCUCUGACGUUUGUGUCUGCAGCGUUUGUGUUGGUUUCGGAUCCAGCUUCAUUUUGCUGCUAUCAAGCUGAUGUCAGUCGGUGUUGUCAAGCUGGACCUAAGAGUACUCUCAGGAUGUCUGUUGAAACGUGUUCGCUAUGAAUGUGAAUGGUAUAGUUCCAAAUAUUCUAUAAAUAUAAUUUACGACGGAGCCGCGUCAGCAGCGGGUUUCAGCAAUUAAGCACCAUGGCAACAUGUUGCCGGUGUUACAGAGUCAAAAGAAGAUGAAGGUCUCUUAGUUGAGGUCCUGAAGUAUAUUUUUUUGUGUGUAAGAUUGUUAAAAAAAAAAAGAAAACAGAGAAAAAAAGGUGGGUUUCAGUCCAGUUUCAGUAAAUACUUCCUUUUACAUAGUGGACCAACAAUCGUUUUCGGGCGGACGUUGUAAGAUUUUAAAGUUAUUUUAAAAACUUCAGUGUAAAAUGACCGCUUAAGACCUUUGAUAAUGAAAUAUGUCCAUUCCGUCCGCCCCUCGUCUUUUUCAACAAGCCUUUUGCUUUGACGUUGUCAAAUCUUCCUGAAAUCCAAGCAGUGUUCUCACAUGUUUACUGCAGCCUUAGAAAUUUAAGUAAACAUGUUGAAAUAAAAACUUGCGAAUAAAAAAGGAAAAAAAAACAAAAACAUCAAGGGUGGAGCAUUCGACUCCACCCGUUUCAGUACACCCACAACAUGGGUGUACUGAAAAGAAUCCGACGCCUGAUGCUUUAUGUGAUGUGACCAAAUGGAAUCUUGUUUUUUUUGGGGUUUUUUUUGGGAGGGAAAAUUUUAGCCUUAUUGAAUUAAGGUUUACAGCAAACUAUGAAAACUGCCUUUUGCAGGUUGUUCCGUAGGUAUCAAACUGUAUCUGCAUUUCAAUGGAUUAUAUAGAAAAGUCUGGUUUGUAUCUUUAAAUACAAAUUGUUUAACAAAAUCACAGGUGCCACAGUUAUUAGGCCAUCAAACAAAAAGCGUUUUUGUAAUGCCCCGUGAGGGAUUUAAAGUUGAUGAGAGUGGAAUCCGGAAAGUUGUGCUUAUCUGGGCUGUAAAUAUGACAAUGCACGUGUCAUAUUUUCUUCAAAAUGAGAAAGACAACAUAACAUACCUUUUAACUAAGACAAAUGCGUAUUGAUUUUCAUAGUUUGGCAAAUUCCUGCAAGAAAAAAGGCUUCUGUCUUAGGAAGUUUGGGAUCAGGCUACUGUAACAAAAUCUGACUUUAUUUUAAGGAUGUUUUACACCUCUACCAGUGAUGCUAGUAAUUGAGGAGAUUGCUGCAAAAAGCUGGUCAAAACUGAUAUUUCUCCCUGUUUCAAAAGCUGUUUAAAUUAAAGUGAGAUGGGGUAGUUGUCGUCCUGAUUUAAUGUGCUGUUUUUACAGCUCAAGCUUGUAGAAUCACGGACCAGUUAGCUGCCCUUGCUUUUUUAAUUUCCUGUUUUCCAAAAUGUCUCUAGAAGCCGAAAUACACCACUCUACAACAAACAUCCCCAGCUUCAAACUCCUUGUAUAGGUUUAACCCAAAUGUGCAAAAACCUACGAGUCCCCUUUUCUCUUUGCUCAGUACUGAACAGGGCCAGCUCAGGUUAGGUUUCCACAGCUGAUGUGAGCAUUUGGAGGUGACCUUCUGUUUUUAUCCAAGCUGUUACUUGAUAGCGCACCACGCUGUCUACGUGAAGCCACUGACCUUCAUCUUAGUUCAGAAAAAAAA